ACGAGGCAGAGCUUGCCGGCCGGUGCACAUCCGCUAUUGCAACUCCCUGUUCCACUUCCCCGUGGAAUUCGCACUACUUUCUCACCUCUUUGCUCGACUCUUUCUUACUGCGUUUGCCUCGUUGUUUUUUCUUUUUCUUGUUUUUCGUUCCUGAACGUUGCGCGUGCACAAGUCACGGCAACCUGCGAGCAAAAGGUGCAGAAUAAUCUGACCUACGUGAUCAGCCCUGGCUUCCCCAACCUCAUUGACUGGCCCAUGAACUGCUCGGUGGUCGUGCAGAAGAUCGAUAGGCAGGUCAGCCAGCUCAGGAUCGAUUUCGUCCACUUCAACAUAGGGCAACCCAACUCCAGGACUGGCGUAUGUGACGAAGAUAUCAUGGAGAUCAGAAACGGCAGGAGCGUGUUUCAAAUGUGCGGCUGGAACAGCGGCCAACAUCUGUACAUAGACCUGGACGACGACGAACAGUCCUUGACGCUGGAUCUCCGAUUACUCGGCAGCCUUCAGCCACGAAUGUGGGAGAUGAGGGUCGUGCAGCUCGGUUUCGACCAACGUGCACCCACUGGCUGCCUCCAGUACUUCCAAGCCUCUAACGGCACAUUGAAAUCGUUGAACUUCUUGUCGAACGGCAGGUUCCUCGCCAACCAGGACUACCUGCUCUGUGUCCGUCAAGAGAGAGGCAUGUGCGGGAUCUCUUACGCGCCCUGUUCGCCCGAUUCAUUCCGAAUCGGUCUGCGCAGGACGCAGUUGACGAAUAGUACGGCAUCCAACGCGAAUUCGAACUCGACUAUGGGUAACACGGACGACGCGGGAUCUCUGAAUGCGACGAGUAUCGAGAUCGAGGGGUCCGGAUCGAGCCCGACGGACGAAGGUGGGAUCUCGACGAACACGAGCAACCCUAUGGAACAGGAAGUGGUUUACGGACAGGAACGAUGUCGAGACAGGGUGCUCAUCCCCUGUGACUUCGAGGAAUUUAUCACGGUAAUGUUUUUAGCUUGUUUGCGAUGGCUGGCUGUCGUUGAGGGACGAGAGCUUGAGUACGGAUGGGAUCGAAUUAUAGAUGUGCUUAUGAAUCUGAAGCGAAGUACGAUGAAACGAGUACAGUCGCGGUCACUUUUAAAUAUGAAUUAUUGAAUUUUUAAAGAGGACAAUAUAUUUACAAAAGAAUAUAACAAUAUAUGAAUAAAUAAUAUUCAAUUAAAAUUAGAUUAGAGUUAAAACACUGAGAUCAAGGAAAAAUUAAUAUUAAUAAUUUUAAGCAGUAAUU